GAUAGAUGCAAGAGGUAGGUUGCGGUGUCUCGUUGUGAGACGAAUCUGUAUAGAUACUUGAGGCUUCGCCCUCUGCAUUCUAAUAUCCGAAUCAUCACCACGGCUUUUCCUUCCUUCAAUCCUUCCGCCACCAGAUCGACAAGAUACCAAGCCAGCCACUCGUUUCCCUUAUCAAUAUAUCACAUCCACACUCAUUGCCUCGACCAACUUUCAAUCUCAAUCUCAUUUAACCCUGGCUGCCACCAUGCAUCCUCGCACAUCCUCUCUCCAACAACCACCAGCUGCCGUUAUGAGCUACUUCGACUUUCAGCCUGAGGAGUGCUCGGUAUCGCCGGUCAAGAAGUCCAAUCUUCGCUGCCUGGACGCUUUCCACGACCGCCCUACCACACCUUUCGAGUACCCUGCCAAUGCAAGCAUCUACGCCAAACGUGCUCUUCCUCCUCUUCCUUCACCAGCAGCUCUUCCCGCUCUCCGCAACUGCUCGUCAUCAGAGUCCAUGGCUUCAUCAGGACCCAUCAGCCGACCAAGCACUGCCAUGUCCUGCAGACAGGACAAGUCUCUUCCUCCUCUUCCUUUCCGCCUCCAAGAAUCACCUUCGUUCGAUGAGGAGUCCUGCAAAGAGAACACAGUCAUCGUCCAGGUCUCAAGGCCGCGUCAGCACCGUGGCUACAGCUUCCGUAGCCUCUUGAACAGACACUCUGAGGAUGAGUUCCCCUUGUCUUCUCCCAAGAGCGUCUACAGUGUUACCCGUGACUCUCGCACCGACUCUGUUAUGGGCGACUACAGCUUGACUCAAGUCAAGACCAACGGCACCAUCUCUGCCACCAGCAGCAGACGCCCUUCUGCCCUUUCUCUUACUCACCUCAAGGCCGCUUCCAAGAAGAUCAACGCCAGCGCUCCCCCGGUUCCCUCUCGUCCUUCAUCCCGCAAGGGAAGCACCAGCAACCACAACCAACACCGCUGGGGCACUCUCUUCCGCACCGUCGAGGAUGACAAGGAGGACGUUCCUCCCAUGCCCGCCACUCCUGGUAUGAUGCCUGACUUGAGCUUCAACCGCUGCUAUUACUUCUACGCCCGCAACUGCAAUGGCUACGUCCUUUCUGGCAGCUCCAGCGGUGAUGCCUGCGAGAACUGCGCUCACUCCGGUUUCUUGGGAUCGCCCUGAUCAACCGCUGAGAACUUUGCUGCGAACAUGUUUCAGAGCAAAGCAUUUCCUCCACCAAAACCAGGCUUCUAGCCAUCUCUUCGACAUGACCUCUACGAAUCAUGAAGGCAUAACAUCAAGCCCGAGCAAAGCUCGAAGGCACGCCGAGGCAUUCACAUGCCAUUCGUCACGAGGAAUCAUGCACGAAUUCAAAAUCCUCAUGCUGAAAGAUGCAUAGAGGUAAGCACAGGCACGAACACAAGUGUUCAUGUAUUCACGACCUUAUGUGGAGUACCAAAAUCUUCUGGGAUACAUUCAUAUAACUUUUCACUAUGUAUGAACGAACUCUGCCUGCCUGGCACAUCUUUUUUUCUAUGUCCUUCGUACAGAGGAGGAAAAAAAUUCAUAAUAAUCACACAAUACACUCAUUUGACCACCAA